UCAGGCUCACCUGGACGGACUUUUGCUACCAAAAGUGACGUGAAGCAACGAGUCUCACCCUCCACUUUAUAUUCUCUGGCAACCAAUACACCCAGUGUUGGUCAAUACAUCCCUUUCUCUCCUCGUCCUUCCAUAACCCUGGACCCCUCCUCAUCACCAGGGUUGAUGAUUCAUUCAGAAGCUGCCUUUACAUUUUUGAACAGUGAAACACAAAAGCCGUCUCCCCUAUCUUUGCCAUCAGCAUUGAUGAGCAAAGACCUUUCUCCCCUUCUCUCACCACAACAGCAAAAGACAGCUCAUUCACAGAUUCUACCUGACAUACAGUUUUCCACCCUGAACCUCUUUUCUGCCCGCAUACAUAUCACCUCUUUCAUGACAGAAGAGUCCAAAGCUCUGGAACCAUAUCCUCCAUCUAAAAGCUUUAGUAAUGAUACUCAAUGUUUGUCCCUCUCUGCCCCCCCUUCCCCUAAGGCCCUUCCAGCUCAGUCAUCAGCUGAACACAAACCACUUCCCUCUUCUGACACUGUGACACUAUAUCAGUCUGACUUCUCGGUGGGUCGGUGCCUCAUGAAGGGAGCUGAAAGAUCUCCACACAAAAACACAAACCCUGGUUCAGUGCUCUAUCCACCGCCCUCUGCCUCACGGGGUUUACACCCCCCGUCUUCUGCGGCAAAUGAGUGCAGCUCACACAGCAGUGAAACAAGCUAUACAGAGUCACCUUUUUUAGGUUCUGAGGAAAUUACUCUGACAGAUACUGAUCAUGGAUCAACUUCAUUUAAGUCCGCUGAGGAUGAAGAUAGACUUCCUUCAAGCCUGCUUUCUCUAAAACUCCCUGCUUUGGCAUGUGACUCACACAAUCAAAAGGAUUCUCUGGUAGAUCCAGUUGAUGCAAUACUUCCAAAAAAUGCAGAGCCACCUCAUAAACAAGCACCGGAACCUUCUCAAAACGGCACAACAAACUUAACUCCAGCCCCCCCCAUUCAGAACUGUACUCUUUUGGAUGUAGACAACAUCCAGCGAUGGAACAUGAAUCAAACGAUGGUAAACGGGGGCUCAGUUUACACGUCAGACAAGGACAGUGCUGGACUUUCAUCUAAAGAAGCUUGUAUUCAAGCAGAAACUGACCAUAAGCCUCUCAUUUACUCCGUCUAUGACGGUCAUUCAUCAAAAACCGAGCCACAGAAACACCAGGAGCACCGCCAUUCAGGAUCUUUGAGCAAACAAAAGAAGCUGUCCAUCAGAGAUUUAGCUGCAUGUGAGCAGCAGGUACAGCAUAAAACUGAGAUCAAACCCCACAAGCUCACCACUGACAGCCUUGGUGUGGUGCAGGAAACUUCUGUUGAUGUUUCAGAUGGUGAAAAUGAGGAUGUGGACUUUUUCCAACAACUUAAUGCUGAGAGCAAAGUCUAUUGGGCCGAACCCAUCCAGAUAACCAUUUUAGCAGAAGAGUCCAACACUUUUCAAGAUUCCCAUGCUGUCGUUUUGUCUGAAGACACAGUUUCUCUUUCAUUAUUGCCAUCCCCUGCCACAUCAGGAACUAAUCAAAUAUCAGGAAAGGCAGAUAUCCACUCAGAUCCAUGUUCAUCUACCCCUAACUCAUGCUCGUCCCUUUGUGCAUCCACAGAGAAGUCCCACAAUCCCUCUGUUUCUGGUCAAGCAUCCUCUUCUCUAUCAUCUCACAUUGUUCAGAGAAAAGAUGUUCCUCUCUGGACUGAAUCCAAACACACCAAUUUCCCAAGUGCUCAGACUCUUGACACCUCCACUCCUUUACGUGCUCUUCAGUCAUGGAAAAACCUGCAAAUUCAACGUCACGCUCUCACCUGUAAACUGUCACAGAGGUAUUUCAAUACACUGUCAAGGGAUGACAGCCAGAUGUGCAUCAGAACGCAACAGAGACCCUCAAAGGGUUUCCCUUCAACCACAUCUUUUCCAUUGCUCUGUACUGACUCGACAUUCUGCAAUCCCACACCUGUAAUGCUGAGAAGUGACAGGGCUAGUGAAGAUCAACACACAAAAAGUCUGGAGUGGAUGAACACUUUAGGUCCUGGAUCAGGGGGUGAUGAGCAACCGGAGGUGGGCAGGAAUGAAAGCCAAGGUCCAGACACUUUGGGAGGGAAGGCCAUCCCGCAGUGCUGCUGUUCCUGUCACCACCCUCAGAACUGCUGUGGCAGGAAGUACUCCCAUCCACAGCACAUUUCUUGCUCCAUUGAAGAGUGGGAGAAGAUGAUGGAAGGACUGCAGCAGUUUCAUUCUGUCUUCAACAACAUGGUGAAGAAGUUCUCUGAGGAGCAAGCGGCAGUGUCUGGCAUGUUCUCUGACACUGAAAGGGAGGAUAUUCACGAUAUUGAGAAGUUGAGAUGUUCCAUCAAAAUGGAGGCAGCAGAGCUGGAGCGGCAGUUGAAGGAACUGUCCCUUCACUAUGAAGAAAGCCUAAAAAGGGAGAUGGACAGUCUGCUGUAUGAGCAGUCUCAGCUUUGCUCACAGGUUGUACUAUCUGGGACUGUGUUCACAUCAAGUCCUUCCUCUCAUAGAGAAGCAGCUACUCAGUGCUCCUUGCUGCCCUGGCUCCCCUCAGCUGAUGCACAGACAUCUCGGGUUUCCACCAGCAGCACAGGAAAUGCAGGUUUCAUCCCAAAGUCCCCCUUUGGAUCAGACAGCCAGGCUCCUUCUCCCACAACAUCUGAAAAGCUGGAUAUCCUGGGGCUCCUUCACAGAGUAGGAAAGUCCUGCAUCCAGUAGUCAAAUCAAUAAAGUGUUUGUUAUGGACCCUA